AUGGAUUCAAACAUGUAAAUGCUCGGAAGAAAUUUGCCCAAGACUCAUCAGUUUUAGUUCCAAACUAUAGCUAAUGUGGCAACAGCAUUGAACAAAAAUUUUCUUAACAAAUUCAACAAAAAAGGUAAUGAGCCCCCAAAGAAGCAUGAAAUGUUAAGCCAAAAAAGAGAGAAAUCUGAUUAUGAUUCAUUUGUGGACUAUCUUGAUGAUGAAAUCAAUGAAAAUUUUGAAGAAAAUACAAGGACUACAACGAAAGUCAAGAUUAAGGUGAACUGCUCUUGCUCAGGUAGAGUCAGUUCAGAGAUUUGUAGACACAAUGCCCAAAAAUAAGAUGAUGCUGACAAGCUAGUUUAAAGAGUAGAGGAGAUGGCUGCUAUGAAAGCUUAAAUUAUGGAGGAUUAAGCAAGAGAAGACCCUCAAUAAUUCUUUGAAUCGCUAUUUAAGAAAAAAAUAGAAGAUUAUAAACAUGGAACUUCAAAGUAAAAUUCACUUUCACAAGCGUAAAUAGAAAAUAAAACACUCUAAGAGAAAUUAAAAAAGUAAGUUGAGGAAAUGAUAGAGCUAAAGAAGUAAAAGUCAAUUUUAAGUGCAGUUGGGGGCUAAGAUAACACUAGCAAGUCUAAUGUUAGUCGAAAUAACAAAGAAACUGAUACCUUCUCUGAAUCAAUGUCCAGAAAAUUAAAAUCACCUACUAAAAAAGCAUAAAAUGAUCAAUCAUCUUAUAGGCCAAAGAGUUCAAUGGACCCUAAUUUGUAGCAAAAAUUUUCCACUGCGAUGGAUGGAAAAAUAAAGAAUUAAACAAUGAUGAAUUUAAGUCAAAGGUCAUUUAACCCUUAAUAGUCUAAUAGUAAUAGCAAUCAAGCAUCGUCAUUUAUUAAGACUAAUUAGAAUGAUCAUGAAAAAUUAGUUCCUCCCCAUUCACCUCAUUUAAAGUCAGUUGGUCUCGCUGUAAUUUCAGGUAAUAAAUUAAUGGCUCAACAUGCUCUCGAAUUAAAUCCUCAUCUCGACCAUUAAACAAAAUAUAAAUCUUUUAAUAACCCAAAGGCACUUUCUCAAAUAUCUUUCAACCCUGAGUCUAAGAACAAUUCUAAUGUUAAUAAAAUGCGUCAAAGCUUAAUGGAUUUCAGUAAAAAGUAGCUAUCUAAACAAGAAAAGCAACUUCUUUCACCGAAGAAAAGAUAGAGAAAAAUGUCAACCACUUCAAACCUUCAAUUGAAUGUGUCCAGACUUUCUAGAGAUCCAGAAACGCCUAAAAUCAAAUUAACCUAACCAGAUAAGAGCGUUCUUAACCUUAGCCAUAAUGAUGAUCCAAAUUCUGAUAGUUUUAGUAGUGAUAACGACAAUGAUAACUCUGUAAGAAAUAGUGAUAUGGAGUUAAAAUAUCCUAGUGGCUUAACUUAAAACAUAAGCUAGUAGAAUACAAACAGAAUGUCACUUUUCCAUAAACAAAGAAGUAAUGAAAAGAAAAAUUCUAAUGAAAUAGAGAAUCACAAUCAUAAUUAUAAUUAGAAUGAUUAGUUUAGCAGGAACAACAACAACAAUUAUGAUGGCUAGAAUAAUUAUAGUUAUGCCCUCAGUCAGAGUAACUAGAAUGAUAGAUAAAAGCCAAAUCAGACUUCAGGAUUUUUCCCAGCCAAUAAAUACGAUGAUAGGAAUCAUGCUCCAUUACCUCCCUCUAGGAACAACGGGUUAAAUAGCAAAAAGAACAGUAAUGAAAACCAUAAGUAUCAAAGUCAUGGGCAUAAAAAUCAUCAUAGCAUCAGCAAUUAGAACUACAAUUAGGACAAUCACUAUUACCAAAGUAGUAGCAGACAUAACCUCAAUCCUAACAAUGGCAAUCACAGUCAUGUUAGAAGGGGAUCACAUCAAAACUAAUCUGGCCACCUGCUUGGUCAAUAUUAGUCUCCUCCAUAGUAUCAAAGUUCCAGUUAGCCCUACAGCACAGUUUUAUCUUCUAGAUUAGGACUUAGAUCUGAUCAAGUAGAAUAUGAUAGAUGGCAGUAGAAGGAAAUGCAAAAGCAAAACUAUGAUAACUAUUUCUUGUAAAAGUAUCUAAACAAAUAAAAGGCUUCGGAGUACUCUCACUAUAGGCCUACAUUCAAUAUGUGA